AUGCCUCAGUUCCUGCCUCUUGGAGGAGGAGAGAGAAGGUGUGGGGGGCCUCCCACCCCCAUUUUGAGCACUGGGCAGGGCAGGGCUAGGCUGGGCCUAGGGGCAAGGAGAGGGGAGGGGCCCGGGGAGGGCCAAAGGGUAGGCGGGGCGUCCUCCGGGGCCUCUGGCCCUGGCGGUGAGGCCCCUGCACACAGGGCACACGGGGCUCCUAGGCACGUUGCAGCAGCAGCACCCAGCAUGGCGGAGGACGGGCCGAAGCAGCCGCAGCUCAGCAUGCCCCUGGUCCUGGACCAGGACCUGACCAAGCAGAUGCGGCUGCGCGUAGAGAGCCUGAAGCAGCGCGGGGAGAAGCGCCAGGACGGUGAGAAGCUGCUGCGGCCGGCUGAGUCCGUCUACCGCCUGGACUUCGUCCAGCAGCAGAAGCUGCAGUUCGAGCGCUGGGACGUGGUGCUGGACAAGCCGGGCAAGGUCACCAUCACGGGUACCUCCCAGAACUGGACGCCCGACCUCACCAACCUCAUGACGCGCCAGCUGCUGGACCCCGCUGCCAUCUUCUGGCGCAAGGAGGACUCGGAGGCCAUGGAUUGGAACGAGGCCGACGCCCUGGAGUUUGGGGAGCGCCUAUCGGAUCUGGCCAAGAUCCGCAGGGUCAUGUACUUCCUCAUCACCUUUGGCGAGGGCCUGGAGCCCGCUGACCUCAAGGCCUCUGUGGUCUUUAACCAGCUCUGA